AUGGAGGAAAUCAUGACAAAGAUUAAUGAUGAUCAUCAUCAAAAUGAAAAGAUAUUAGAUGAAGCAGCAGGAGAUCAUGAUCAUCAUCAAGGAAAGAAUAUGAAUGGUGGAAAAAAGAAUGAACACAAGACAACAUUAAGAACACCAGCUGAUAUUUAUGAACACCCAUCCUUUUACUCCUUUAUUCUUGAUAUGCCUGGCCUUGAUGCUCAAAAUAUUAAGGUGAAGGUAGAAAAUGGGAUACUUCAUGUAUCAGGAAAGAAGAAGAAGCAGAUGAUCGGAGAACCGACAAAUAAAGAAGGAGUGAAAGUUAUACGGAUAGAAAGACGAAGAGCAAGGUAUAUGAGGAAAUUUAUUUUGCCAGACGAUGCCUUUUCUCAAGAUGUUAAGGCCACUUACAAAGAUGGUGUGCUCUCCAUUACUGUUGUUAAGAAUAAGUUGUCCACAACUAUUGAACCUAUUCAUGAUCAUUCCGAACUUAAUUCCCUCCUUACCAAUGUUUCCAUCUCUUAA